AUGGAUCGCGAAGUUCCCCUACAGGUGGCCGUCGUCGGCACCGGACUAGCCGGCCUUACUACAGCAUAUCUUCUACAGAACGACAGACAGCGGCGAUAUGCUGUGACUCUAUUUGAACGGGCCGAAAGCCUCUCAUUUGACUCUGCAUCCGUCGCCAUUCGAGAUGAAGACUCCGGCAGCAUUGAGCGCAUCGAUCUCCCCAUGCGGGCUCUCGCUGGAGGCUAUUACGCCAACGUGAUGCGCAUGUACGAUCACUUGGGUAUCCCAUACCACCCCGUCCGAUUUCUCUUCUCGUUUGCCAGAGCGACAUCAGCUCAUAAAGCCGAUGCAGGAGCAUCAGCAAAGACGUCUGCAGGGAGAGAGCCUGGAGAGUAUUUCGUUCACGCUUCAAAUCUGCACCAAAUUCCACCCUGGCCAGGAAAACGCGGUGUUUUUGCACACCUGUUCGAGAUUCUGUACUUGGUUCUCUGCCAAUUCUGGUUCACGGUCGCGUGCUUCGUGGUGCGUCCUUCAUCCGGCCGCUCUGAAGGAGGCGAGACGUUGGCCGAGUAUUUAGAGAGAAUCUGGAUGCCACGGCGCUACACCACGCAUUACUUGCUUCCAAUCCUGAGCGGCGUGUCAACUUGCUCUCACGCAGAGCUUUUGGCGUUUCCUGCCAGUGAUGUCAUCAACUACAAGAAGCUCUCGCACGGCCAGCAGCACUACACGGUCUGCGGCGGAGUUCAUCAGGUCGAAGCCAGACUGGCAAAGGAGAUGAAGGAUGUCCGCUUGGGGACAUGCGUCGCAGACGUAACACCGUCUGCUGAAGGAAGGGUUGCAAUUCGCUGGCAGCCGACAAGCAAUCCGGCCGGGCCAGUCAUGAGUGAAAUCUUCGAUCGGGUCGUCCUCGCUGUGUCGCCCGAUGUCGCUCGCAAGGUCUUCAGUCCUUUGCGUGAGAUCCUCAAGCCAGUGCCGACUCUCCGUGUGGAAAGCUCAGUGCUCCGUCCAGCUAGUGUACUGGCAGGCAAUGUGCCUCAGAACCGACUUCGCUGGCGAGACGGCGCAGACAGAGGCACUACAUACGAUGCCAGGAGGAGCGAUUGUCAGCACUUGCUCACUAGAUCCACAAGCCGACGCGAAGAGAGUACUGAAGACGGCGAGGUUCACAAGAACGCUGAGAACGCUAGCGAGCAGAAGAUGGAUCGACGAUGGUGGGGGAAGCAUCUCGACCUGAGGGCGUUUCUGGUCUUCCGUCGCAUCAUGCGAUUCUACAAUACUUUCGUCAUUCUCGCCGCUCUCGUCAGCGGUCUAGCCGUCGCCGCUCUGACAUUCCCCGACUUCCAUCCCAGCACCGGAGUAGGCCAGGUCGGCGAAGGCUUCCUCUGCAGCGCAGCCAUCACAGCCGUCUUGUCCGCUGUGAUAGGAACGAUGCUGCUCUUCGCUUUUGAGGGCGCUGAGAAGGCAACUCGAACGGAUCUUGCCGUCGCGUGGUCACCGUUAUUUCUCCUGGACAUAUCAAUUGUUGAGUUUCUCGUUGGGAUGACGUGCUGGUACUGCGGCAAGAACACGCUCUGGAGGGGAAUGUUGAUGGCGGCAGAGCUGGUUAUGCUGAUGCUGUGCUGCGUCGCGCUUUCGGUAUGGAUGUGGCUUCACCUUAGCCGAGAGGGGGGACUCGGCGCAGAGGAAAGGCAAGCAGUGGACGAGCAAAGACGAACAGCGGAUGACUAG